UUGAGUGACGUGAGCGGCGGCCUAUCAGAGACGAGCCAUCGCUUGAGGGGCGGUGACUAAUCAUGCUUUGUGUUGUAAGCAAUUUGGUAUCGGUCUCAGAAUCGCUAACGAAAUCGAAUAAUUCAGUCAAGCUGCAGCUUCAGCGCAGAAUGAAGACUUUAGUAGUGUUCGACUUCGAUCACACUAUAGUGGAUGACAACAGCGACACAUGGGUGAUCCGCUCCACUCCUGAGCAGACGUUACCGGACUGGCUAAAGAAGUCGUACCAGAGAGGCCGCUGGACCGAGUAUAUGGGUCGAGUCUUGACCUACAUCGGAGAGCAGUCCGUCCGGCCGGAGCACAUGCGCGCGGUUAUGGAGAGCAUCCCGUUUACUGAUGGCAUGAUCGAGCUCCUGACCUUCAUAUCUGAGCACAAGAAAGACAUCGACUGCAUUAUAAUCUCCGAUUCUAAUAGUGUCUUCAUAGACUGGGUUUUGCAUGCAUCAGGGGUGAAGUCUGCUAUGGAUGACGUCUUCACCAACCCUGCCAGCAUCGAUGCGCGCGGCUAUAUGAGUGUGCGCUGCUUUCACGCGCAUGACUGUCGGCAAUGUCCUGUAAACCUGUGCAAGAGGAGGGUGCUGCAAGAUUUCAGAGAGAAGCAAGCUAAGGCUGAUGUGCAUUAUGAGAGGAUUUGCUAUAUAGGAGAUGGAGGAAAUGACUUUUGCCCCAUUAAAGAAUUGAAAGAAGGGGAUAUUGCAAUGCCUAGGAAAGGAUUCACCCUAGAGAAACGGUUGUGCAAAGCCAUUUCAGAGGAUUCAGAAGCACUGCAUGCGAAAAUCAUGCCCUGGGCUAGUGGCAAUGAAAUCCUCAGGCAAUUAAGAGCUCUAAUUGAGUAAUAUAGUAUUAUAGCCAAAACUACAGACUCACUGAACUAAAUGAAUAGCACGUUUAUUCUGCAGUAAAUGCAUUAUGUGCAUCCUAUUAUAGCUCAUUUCCCCCUUAAUCUACUUGAUAAAAUAAUACGGGCAUGGUGUAAUAUGUCAUAAUUAAGUUUACGUUUCGGUUGCAGUGCACAUUUUAAAAUGUCAUUUUUAACAGAUUUACAUCUAAUUGUUUUUGACAGUAAUUUUAAAUCUCUUUGAGAUUUAAAUCAUAAGAUAAGCUCACUGUUUGGAUUCAUAUAACAAAUAAUUUAACAGUUUGAGGUGCUUAAUAUUUAAUUCGUUGAGGUUUGCUGCAGAACGUUAAAAUGAACAAAUGUUUUAACAUGCUAGCUAAAUAUUUAUUCUAAAAUCUGCAUGAUGAAAAAAUACUAUGCCGAUAAAUACCAUUAUUGUCAUGUUGUAAGAAUUAAUGCGGCCUGAAUGUGACACUGCAGUUUGGUACUACUAUGAAAUGAAAAUAGUUUAAUAUUUCAAUGCAGAAGUUAUAAUACGAACCAUAUUAUUAUUAUUGGAAACCCGAAUCUGCUUGUUAGUAUCAUAUUUGCAUAUAUACAGUGGACCCCAAAAGUCUGAG